AUGAAGACAGCUUCCUCCUCAGACAUUAACAACAGUUCCCUGGAUGGUCCUUUUCUGGACGAUGGCAAUCAGACAGCGUUUUCUCAGCCUGGCUGGCAAAUAGCUCUUUGGGCUAUCACCUAUUUAUCCACAGUCAUUGCGUCAGUUGUAGGCAACAGCAUUGUCAUUUGGAUUAUCCUCUCUCAUCGACGGAUGAGGACAGUUACCAACUACUUUAUUGUUAAUUUGGCUCUUUCUGACCUGCUCAUGGCUGCUUUGAACACAGUGUUCAAUUUCAUUUAUGCCUGCCAUAACGUUUGGUAUUUUGGCGAGGGAUUCUGCCGGUUUCUUAACUUUGUUCCUAUUACAGCAAUGUUUGUGAGCAUUUAUUCUAUGACUGCUGUUGCUUUUGAGAGGUACAUGGCAAUCAUUUAUCCCUUCAAGCGAAAGCUUUCUGCAGGGAACACCAAAGUGAUCAUAGGAGCAAUAUGGCUGGUUGCUUUUGGACUUGCCUUCCCACAGUUCUUCUAUGCAAAAAUUAUAAUUGAUAAUGGAACAACAAAAUGUGUGAUUGCGUGGCCAGAUGACGCCGGACAGAAGCAUAAAAUGACGUAUCAUGUUACAGUGAUUGUUUUGACUUAUUUGAUUCCUCUCAUGGUGAUGUUUGUCACAUACAGUGUAAUAGGAACAACUCUGUGGAAUAAUUCUGUUCCUGGAGAUCAAACUAACAAGGUCUACUACCAGCAUCAGAUUCUGGCCAAAAAAAAGUUUGUCAGGACAAUGGUUGCUGUUGUGAUAACAUUUGCCAUCUGUUGGUUUCCUUACCAUCUCUACUUCCUCUUGAAUUGUUUUUGGAAAGACAUUUAUGAGCAGAAGUACAUUCAACAAGUGUAUCUGGCAGUCUUUUUUCUUGCCAUGAGCUCCACAAUGUACAACCCAAUUAUUUAUUGCUGUCUUAAUCAAAGGUUCCGCUCCGGCUUCCGGAUAGCUUUUCAGUGGUGCCCAUGCAUCCAAGCAACCCCCAGAGACAGACUUAACUUGACCAGUCCCUUACCUUUGCACAAGUUACAGAGAGAGCAGCUCUCCAACUUUCAGACAAGCGCUGAAACAAAUGUAACUAAUAAUGACAAGGUUUACAAUUACUGCGGAAGCUAG